AUGUCCUCCGACUCGCUCUUCUCGCCCGACCUUAUUUCGUCCGAAGUCGCCGCUGCCCUACCAGAGGGCUACACAAUCCGCCCCCUGCGAAAGGGAGACUACCAUGCUGGCUUUCUAGAUGUACUAGCCGUCCUCACCACCGUCGGCGACGUCUCAGAACAAGACUUCAACCAGCGCUUUGAAGAGAUGCAGGCAUCUGGCGCAUUGGGAAGAGGCGCAGGCGGCUACCAUAUACUGGUCAUUCUCAAUGGUGACAAUAAGAUUGUCGGCACUGGUGCCUUGAUCGUUGGUCACAUCGAGGACAUUGCUGUCGCCAAGGAUCAGCAGGGCAAGAAGCUUGGUCUUCGUAUCAUCCAAGCACUGGACCAUGUUGCCGAGAAGGUCGGGUGCUACAAGGCCAACGAGGGCUUCUAUGUCAAGUGCGGCUUCAAGCGCGCCGGUCUCGAGAUGGCUCACUACUACAACAAGUCAUGA